AUGGCUACUAUCCCGACAGGCCGCGUGGGGUCGUCCUCGACACCAAUACCAGCCGACUCGUCACUGUGGGAUCGCAUCUCGACAUGGGUCUCCGAGAACAAGGCUGUGGUUUAUACCGUUGCCGGUGUCGCCUUUGUAGUCACAACUGCCGGUGCUGUCUACUAUGUCCGCAACGCCCCUAGCCAGGACACAACCCCCAAGCUCAGCAAGAAAGAGAGACGGAAACGGAAGCAGGCUGGAAAGGAUGUCGAUGUCGAGAAGGUCGCAAAGGACGCCACAUCUCCCGCGGCCGCUGGCAAAGCUGCUUCUGUUGAAUCCGCCGACGAGUUACCCGAGAUCGACGAGGCCUUUGUUCUCGGUCUCUCCGACACCGAGCGCGAGCAGUAUUCUCAAAAGUUGAAGGAGGCUGGCAACAGGGCCUACGGCGCCAAGGAUUUCGAAAAGGCCAUUGGGCUUUAUUCGAAGGCCAUACUCUGCAAGCCCGACCCGGUCUACUACUCCAAUCGAGCGGCCUGCUACAACGCCCUCAGCGACUGGGACAAAGUCGUCGAGGACACUACCGCGGCUAUCAACCUCAACCCCGAGUACAUCAAGGCCCUCAACCGCCGUGCUAAUGCCUACGACCACUUGGGUAGGUACAGCGAGGCGCUUCUCGACUUCACCGCCAGCUGUAUCAUCGACGGCUUCCGGAACGAACAGAGCGCACAGGCCGUCGAGCGGCUGCUCAAGAAAUUCGCCGAGACGAAAGCAAAGGAAAUUCUCGAGACCAAGCCGUCAAAGCUCCCGAGCUCUACCUUUGUCGGGAACUACCUCCAAAGCUUCCGCCAAAAACCCCGUCCUGACGGCUUGGAAGACUCGGAGGAGUUGGAUGAGGAGUCCGGACCGGGUCAGCUGCAGAAAGGGUUAAAGGCGUUGGAGAGCAAGACUGGGCCGGGUUACGAAGAGGCUUCUGAGGCGUUCGACAGGGCCUUGGAGCUCGGCGACCUCGAUGAAUAUGAAGCAUACGCCUACAACCUCCGCGGAACCUUUCCCAGCUACAUCAAACGGGCGAGCAUGAACCUGGAGCUUGGUUCCCCCGAGAAGGCCGAGGAGGAUUUUGCCGCCGCCCUGUCCAAGAACCCAGAGGACCCUGACAUCUACUACCACCGGGCUCAGCUGCACUUCAUCAAGGGCGAGUUUUCCGAGGCACAGAAGGACUACCAAAAGUCGAUCGAUCUUGACCCCGACUUUAUCUUCUCCCACAUCCAACUCGGCGUGACUCAGUACAAGACGGGCUCGAUUGCCUCAUCCAUGGCCACUUUCCGCCGCUGCAUGAAGAACUUUGAGAAGACUCCUGACGUCUACAACUACUACGGCGAGCUGCUCCUCGAUCAAGAUAAGCACCACGAGGCCAUUGAGAAGUUCGACAUGGCCAUUGAACUCGAGCGCGAGACCAAGCCCACGUGCAUGAACGUGCUACCGCUCAUUAACAAGUCCCUCGCCGUGUUCCAAUGGAAGCAGGACUUCUCCGAGGCUGAGAAGCUCUGCGAGAAGGCUCUUAUCAUUGACCCCGAGUGCGAUAUUGCCGUCGCCACCAUGGCUCAACUGCUCCUCCAGCAGGGCAAGGUGACCGAGGCCCUCAAGUACUUCGAGCGUGCCGCCGAGCUGGCCCGCACUGAGGGCGAGCUGGUCAACGCUCUUUCAUAUGCCGAGGCUACCCGGACACAGAUCCAGGUCCAGGAGAAGUACCCCAAGCUGGCUAGCAAGUUGCAGGGUAUGGGUCAGGGCCAGGCUAUGAUGCGGUAA